CUCUCAUUAAUUCACUCAAUUCAAAGUUCAAACCCACUACCUAAUAAUAUAUACACACUACACUAUUCCUUUUUUUACCACCUAAAAAUUCCCAGUAUAUAUACACUUAAUUCCCCACUCACCCUUCACAGCAUCUCAACCCAUACAUAGAGAAAAUAUGAAAAUGAAAAUGAAAAUGGAGAAAGAAGAAGUGAGAAAAGGGCCAUGGACAGAAGAAGAGGAUGUCCAGCUUGUAUUCUACGUGAACUUGUUUGGUGAUCGGAGAUGGGAUUUCGUUGCGAAAGUUUCAGGUUUGAAGGUUGGCGGGAGACACAAUAUAUAGGUUUGAAACGAACCGGCAAGAGCUGCCGGCUGCGCUGGGUUAACUACCUCCACCCCGGCCUCAAACGAGGCAAGAUGACUCCCAACGAAGAGCGUCUCGUCGUUGAGCUUCAGUCCAAAUGGGGAAAUAGAUGGUCGAGAAUCGCCCGAAAACUGCCUGGGCGCACAGACAACGAGAUCAAGAACUACUGGAGGACCCACAUGAGGAAGAAGGCUCAAGAGAGGAAGAAGAACAAGAAAGGUUCUACUUCUUCUUCCUCGUCUUCGAGUUCUUCUACAUCUUCAUCUUCCAACUCAUCCUCCUCUUCCGCCCCCACCAGCCCUGGGCCGGGGGAGUCCACCCUGGCCAAGGGGAAGGGUGCGGGGGCUGAGGGGGAGCGGAGUUUCUACGACACCGGUGGGGUGAAACUACCAGAAACUGGUGUUUUGGAGGUGGAAGAAGGGAACAAGGUAUACUCCAUGGAUGAUCUAUGGAAGGAAUUCGAGUUUCCGGAGGAGAACUGCGGGCUCACCGCUCAAGCAGUGGCCUCUCCCAUAUGGGAUUACUGCCCAACUGAUUCUUUGUGGAGUAUGUGUGAAGAAGAGAGACAACAUCAGCCUGUGGGGGAUCAUCACUUUCAAUCUUUCCCCUUUUACAAUUAUAUGAUUGGCUAACUAGAAAACAAGUUUCAAUUAAGAGAGGAGAAUUUGUUGAUACAAGUAAGUAGAUGUCAUAAGGGAAUGGGGGUUGUUUAUUAGCUCUCCUUGUAUAUUUUGGUUUAAGGCUUCUUUUCGGAUGUCUUUACUCGGCAUUUCUGUUUCAAGUCAAUGUAAUCAAAUCACGCAUCUAGUGUGUGAAUGCUAUGAAGAAGUUUGUUUCAUGCUCAA